GUUAAACUCUGCAACCAACACCAAUUCUCGUUUCUGAAUCCCAUCGCGAACAAGGAGAAGAAGAAGCCAUCGUCGUCGUUCAAAGAUGGUUUGCGUGAUGUGCUUGAUUCCUCUUUUUCUCGUCCCAAUCGUCAACAUCCUGCCUCUUCUCUUCGAUUACAUCAUGGGAAGAAUUUAUGGACUUUUGGGAUGGGAGUACAGGAAGCCCGAAAGAGCUCCUCCGGCUUGUCCUUACAAGCCUGCAGCCCAAAACAGCAGCAAAGUGACAGAAAAACCUGAACCUGGGCCACCAGACUCUCUGCCAGAAGCAACGGCAGCUCCCCGAGCGGUAGAAUUGAAGCAAGAUUGAACUUUGACUCCUUCCCUGGUUUUAGGCAUGAAUUAGGAGGAAAAAACAAAUAUCUUCCUUGGUCAGCAAUUAUGUAGUUGAUCUAAAAACUUCCUUUGGAAGGAUCGUUUGAACCCUGGCUUGUAUGAGAUGAAAUUCAUAAUUGUGGUUAUGUUGGCUAAAGACUGCUGAAUACUCCUGUAUCAGUCAAUUUGAUCGUUAUACAAUGACAUUGACAGA